AUGAUUAUCAACAAUGGUUGUUGCUCUCCUGAUAUGCCAUGGAAUCUGCAAAACAUCAUUGAAAGACACAAAAGUCAAGUUUAUAACCUCGUGGUAGAGCACUUGGCUGAAGAAGGUGCAGAAGAAACACCUUGGAGAAACGUGGUCGCUAGCUCCCAAGCGGGCUUCCAAGAUGACUGCGGCUGCGGUGGAGGAAACCAGGUGGUCCUGUGUCCCGGCCAGCGGGGCCACCCUGGCACCUGCAGGGGGCGCUGUCAGGGCCGAGCGUCCUCCCCCCAGUCGCUCCAGGUCCGAUGCGCUCGGAACUCGGCUACUCUGCCUGGACGCUCCUGCCUCGGGAUGCGACGAGCGAGCCCCGACGCACCCCGGUGCGUCACCUCCGCUCUGGCAGCGAGGCAAACGCCUAGCACCGCGGAGUGGCGCCCGGGGGAGCCUCUGCGCUUGCGCCGCCAGUCGGCCGAGCUCUGCGCGAAAACGCACGCGUUGGAGUUCGGGGUUGCUGGCUGCCGCCAGGCGUUUGCUUUUGUCCUAAGAGAGGCCGGCAGGCCGUGGACAGUGGCUCGAGAGCUCCGCGACUUCAGCGGCGCUGGCUUCCCCUCUUGCAAUUCCCCUAGGAAGCAGUGGAGCCUCUUGUUCCCUUGUCUUGCAGCCAGAGCUUCACACUGGUGGAAACCUGACCUGGCCGCUAAACUCGACAACCCAUCAUGGCCCAGGAUCUCCCGGAGCGGGACGGGCUGCUCCCGGCCUGCCGGACCACACAAAGGGGGCGCUUUGCCUGCUCGCUACGCCCCCACGCCCAGGCCCUCGGGUCCGGGGUUCGCCUGCAGGGUCCCUCGGCCCCGCCCCUGCAGUGCCCUCCCAGCCUCUUCUUGCGCGCGCCCCUCCUCAUCCGCGGCGAGCCGGAAAACCCGGAGCGGCCCGGCGGCGCAUGCUCAGUCGCGGGCAGGUUCAGUUGGCUUAGUAGGAAGCUCCAGCGCUUACACCGGCGGCGGCGGCGGCGGUGGCGGCAGCGGCGGCGGAGCGGUUCAGGGGCAAGUUCAUCCUACUCUCGAAUCUAAUGAUGAUGCUCUUCAGUAUGUUGAAGAAUUAAUUUUGCAAUUAUUAAAUAUGCUGUGCCAAGCCCAGCCCCGGAGUGCUUCAGAUGUGGAGGAACGUGUUCAGAAAAGUUUCCCUCAUCCAAUUGAUAAGUGGGCAAUAGCCGAUGCCCAGUCAGCUAUAGAAAAGAGGAAGAGGAGAAACCCUUUGUCUCUGCCAGCAGAAAGAAUUCAUCAUCUGUUAAGGGAGGUUCUAGGUUAUAAAAUUGACCACCAGGUUUCUGUUUACAUAGUAGCAGUAUUAGAAUAUAUUUCUGCAGAUAUUUUAAAGCUUGUGGGGAAUUACGUAAGAAAUAUACGGCAUUAUGAAAUCACCAAACAGGACAUUAAAGUGGCCAUGUGUGCUGAUAAGGUAUUGAUGGAUAUGUUUCAUCAAGAUGUAGAAGACAUAAAUAUCUUAUCUUUAACUGAUGAAGAGCCUUCCACCUCAGGAGAACAAACUUACUAUGAUUUGGUAAAAGCAUUCAUGGCAGAAAUUCGACAGUAUAUAAGAGAAUUAAAUCUAAUUAUAAAAGUUUUUCGAGAACCCUUUGUCUCUAAUUCCAAAUUGUUUUCAUCUUAUGAUGUAGAAAACAUAUUUAGUCGUAUAGUAGAUAUACAUGAACUUAGUGUGAAGUUACUGGGCUAUAUAGAAGAUACAGUAGAAAUGACAGACGAAGGCAGUCCCCACCCGUUAGUAGGAAGCUGUUUUGAAGACUUAGCAGAGGAACUAGCAUUUGACCCGUAUGAAUCAUACGCUCGGGAUAUUUUACGGCCUGGAUUCCACGACCGUUUCCUGAGUCAGCUGUCAAAGCCUGGGGCAGCGCUUUAUUUGCAGUCCAUAGGCGAAGGCUUCAAGGAGGCUGUUCAGUACGUCCUGCCACGGCUGCUGCUGGCCCCCGUGUACCACUGCCUGCACUACUUUGAACUUCUGAAGCAGUUGGAAGAAAAGAGUGAGGACGAAGACGAUAAGGAAUGUGUGAAACAAGCUAUCACAGCUCUGCUGAACGUCCAGAGUGGCUUGGAAAAAAUAUGCUCCAAGAGUCUGGCCAAGCGAAGACUGAGUGAGUCUGCAUGUCGAUUUUAUAGCCAGCAAAUGAAGGGAAAGCAACUAGCAAUCAAGAAAAUGAACGAGAUUCAGAAGAAUAUCGAUGGUUGGGAGGGGAAAGACAUUGGACAGUGUUGCAAUGAGUUCAUAAUGGAAGGAACUCUUACACGUGUAGGAGCCAAACACGAGAGACACAUAUUUCUCUUCGAUGGCUUAAUGAUUUGCUGUAAAUCAAAUCACGGGCAGCCAAGACUUCCUGGUGCUAGCAAUGCAGAAUAUCGUCUUAAAGAAAAGUUUUUUAUGCGAAAGGUACAAAUUAAUGAUAAAGAUGACACCAGUGAAUAUAAACAUGCUUUUGAAAUAAUUCUGAAAGAUGGAAAUAGUGUUAUAUUUUCUGCCAAGUCGGCUGAAGAGAAAAACAACUGGAUGGCAGCCCUGAUAUCUUUGCAGUACCGGAGUACCCUGGAGCGAAUGCUCGAUGUGACCAUGCUGCAGGAAGAGAAGGAGGAGCAGAUGAGGCUGCCUAGUGCUGAUGUGUACAGGUUUGCAGAACCAGACUCUGAGGAGAAUAUUCUGUUUGAGGAGAACAUGCUGCCCAAGGCUGGGAUUCCAAUUAUCAAAGCAGGGACUGUGAUUAAGCUGAUCGAGAGGCUCACAUACCAUAUGUAUGCAGAUCCCAAUUUUGUUCGGACGUUUCUUACAACAUACAGAUCCUUUUGCAAACCUCAAGAACUGCUGAGUCUCAUAAUAGAACGAUUUGAGAUUCCAGAGCCUGAGCCCACAGAAGCUGACCGCAUAGCUAUAGAGAACGGAGCCCAGCCUCUGAGUGCAGAGCUGAAAAGGUUCCGGAAGGAGUAUAUCCAGCCUGUCCAGCUGCGAGUGUUAAAUGUGUGUCGGCACUGGGUGGAGCACCACUUUUAUGACUUUGAAAGAGAUGCAGACCUUUUACAAAGAUUGGAGGAAUUUAUUGGAACAGUAAGAGGUAAAGCAAUGAAAAAAUGGGUCGAAUCCAUCACUAAGAUAAUCCAAAGGAAAAAAAUUGCAAGAGACAAUGGGCCAGGCCAUAACAUUACGUUUCAGAGUUCACCUCCCACAGUCGAGUGGCACAUAAGCAGACCUGGGCAUACGGAGACCUUUGACCUGCUCACUUUACACCCAAUAGAAAUUGCUCGACAACUCACUUUACUUGAAUCAGAUCUUUACCGAGCUGUGCAGCCAUCAGAAUUAGUUGGGAGUGUGUGGACAAAAGAAGAUAAAGAAAUUAAUUCUCCCAACCUUCUGAAGAUGAUUCGGCACACUACCAACCUCACUCUGUGGUUUGAAAAAUGUAUUGUAGAAACAGAAAAUUUAGAAGAAAGAGUAGCUGUAGUGAGUCGAAUAAUUGAGAUUCUACAAGUCUUUCAAGAGCUAAACAAUUUCAAUGGUGUCCUUGAAGUUGUGAGCGCCAUGAACUCGUCCCCUGUCUACAGGCUAGACCACACAUUUGAGCAAAUACCAAGUAGACAAAAGAAAAUUUUAGAGGAAGCUCAUGAGUUGAGUGAAGAUCAUUAUAAGAAAUAUUUGGCAAAACUCAGGUCUAUUAAUCCACCAUGUGUGCCUUUCUUUGGUAAGUAUUUCUUCCUAAUUUUUAUUGUGCUUCUGGAUAAAACAUGCAAGAACAGCAUUAUCAUCAUACAUACAUUUUUAGAGAUGAGAAUAUUCAUGGGAGAAAACAACUGUUUCCUUUUCACAGGCGGCGAUACUGUCUUUACCCAGGUUACACUGCCCCAUGGCCCAAGAUCCUCUUCAGUCUCAUCUAUAAGUUUAGCCAAGGGCACUGAUGAAAUGCCUGUCCCCCCUCCUGUCCCCCCUCGAAGACGGCAGGAGUCUGCCCCAGCAGAGUCCUCCCCAUCUAAGAUUAUGUCUAAGCACUUGGACAGCCCCCCAGCUAUUCCUCCUAGGCAGCCCACAUCAAAAGCCUAUUCACCAAGAUACUCCCUAUCAGACCGGACCUCUUUCUCUGACCCUCCUGAGAGCCCUCCUUUGUUACCACCACGAGAACCUGUGAGGACACCUGACGUUUUCUCAAGCUCACCAUUACAUCUCCAGCCUCCCCCCUUGGGCAAAAAGAGUGAUCAUGGCAAUGCCUUCUUCCCAAACAGCCCUUCCCCGUUUACACCACCACCUCCUCAGACCCCUUCUCCUCAUGGCACGAGACGGCACCUGCCAUCACCACCGCUGACACAGGAAGUGGACCUCCAUUCCAUUGCUGGGCCUCCUAUUCCUCCACGACAAAGCACUUCUCAACUGAUCCCCAAACUUCCUCCAAAAACUUACAAGAGGGAGCACACACACCCAUCCAUGCACAGAGAUGGACCACCACUGUUGGAGAACGCCCAUUCUUCCUGAGUACUUCCUCUGUACUGGGAUGUAGUUUCCUAGCCCCAAAUCCAUUGCUGGCAAUGGAUGCACUGAACAUGCCAGCACUGAGGAGUUCACAUGAGAACUCCAAACACUAAUGACUCUACUUCAAGUUGUAGUGUAAGACAAUGAAUUUUAACCUAUACGUAAUUACAAAAUAAGACAGUAGUCCAGCUUAGAAUGUGGAGACUGAUCCAGAGGAACUGGACAACUGAUUGCACCUGGAAAUCACGUGAAGGGACUCUUCUGGCCAAUAGGCAAGAGUCCUCACUUUGUGAAGUAAUCUUUAUCAUUAAAGGGAUGGAAAACAGUCUAAUGUCCAAUAGGCCCAUAUGUUGACAGUUUUUGUAAUUCAAAAUAUUAUGCACUUUUAAAAAAAUCUUCAACAGGGAUCUUCUCCUCCUUUGUUUUCCUUUGCUUUACUCUUCUACUUUAGAAUAUUUUCGUAAAAAUCAUUCAGAGGACUGUGAGAAAAGGCUGUGGUACCUGACCUUGUUGAAAUCAAGGCCAGCACUGUGCUACAGUCCUGUUUACAGAUUAUUACAGUGAAUUGAAUGGGUACCGAGGCUUCACCAAAGAGGUACUUUUUGUUAUUGUUGUUAUUUUAAGAAUAAUUAUACCAAUUGUAAGAACAUUCCCUACCUACCCCACUCACAAACAAAAUGUGGUGGUGUUGCCUUUAAACAGGAAAUUUCAUGUCAUUAACAUGACGGAAGAAGAACUUCUUAAAAACGUAACUGUCAAGUAUACUAUUUACACUUAGGAGACUGUUCCUCUAUGCUAGACUGGCAUCCCCACCCCCACCCCCCUUGUCCCACAGGAGUUUACUGGUGACAUAUGUCCUGGCUCGUGGCUGUCCCUCUAACCAUACUACAGAAAUACAGGCAACCAAUGUGAAAAGGAGCAUUCUCUGGGCCUCACUGAUACCAUUCAUGUUUUACUAAUAGUUGAGUAGUCAGCAUACUUAGAAUUACCUUGCAUUGCCUAAAUCAUGUGUGUAUAGUGAAUGUUAUAUAAUAUACCUGACAGGUCUGUUUUUAUUUAAUUAAAUAAAGAUAAACUACUUUGUUUGGCUGGCAUAUAUUAAAUUAUUAUAUGGAGAAAAUGAUUGAUUCUUAUUUCUUUGGGUUGAACAAGAUACAAACACUAAGCAUAAAAGCACAUGCGGUACGCCUGGGUGUCUAGUUCUUACAGAAAAAUCUCAAGUUGGCGUUUGGAAUAUAGGGAAAUACUAGCUUAAAAUGGGAUGGGCAUCUUUUAAGCAGAACCUUGCAGAUUUUUAAUUUCUUGAGCAACCAUAUUUGUUAACGUUUAUCAUUCUACUUUGCUUAGGGUCUUUGGUUCUUUCAGAGCUACUCCUUAGAGAAUAUCUACCUGCAUCAUUAGUGUUGCGUGUUUUAUCCAUGAAGCCUUGUACUGCUCUUCUGAGUCUAACAAAUACUGUGACUGAAAUGCAUGCAACUUGAAUAGAAAAAGUUGUAUUAUCUCCACUAUUUCUGUGAACUGUGUAGUAUUCCAUUCUUACAGUCAUCAAUUCAUCAGUAUGUGCAUGUGUCCUCAAAAUAAUGAAGCAGCAGUUCAGUAAUUGUGUUAACUAUGCUGCAUCCUGGUGGAAACGUAGUACAUUAAUAAUUCCUUGUGAUAUUUAUUAGAACAUUAAAUGGACAUCUCAAUAGUCCAGGGUGUAGUUUCCUAAGAAGGACGGACAUUAGUUGCAUCAUCAUUCAGCAGUCUUCCUUAGUGUCUUGUUUACUUGUUAGAGUUGACUCUUGUCACUUAGUGUCUGUAACAUUCCUAUUAUGGUGGCCAUUUCUCUUUGUGAAAUGUCUUCUCUCUUAAAAGUGUCCUCAAAGUUCAUUUCAAAUCCCUUCUUGGAUGCAAAGUGUCCAGAAGACCGUUCAUUGAACAAAUGACCAUUCAUUCAACAAAAGUAGCUAGCUAGGCCUGCUUACUAAUGCUGCUCCAAAGGACUGUAAUGACACCCCCAAAUCUCCCAUGACUCAUUAGACCAGCCUAACUGUCCCUAGAAUUUCCCAUGGCUUACUGAUUACCCCGGCCCUACUUCAAAUGAGAACCUAAGAGAAGCAACAUUAGAACCCGUUCAGUGUUUCUCUGGCAAGUAUUGCCUUCAAUAGGGUGGUGACCCCUUUCACCCCACUUGAGCCAACACAAGGGAGGAGGGAACGCUCAGAUUUGGAGUUAAUUCUAUUUCUCCCAAUGGGAACUGUUCUCUACCCAACUGUUCUAGUGGACCACUUCACCAUGCAGCCAUUUUACAUGCAUCACGGAUGAAGGAUAUUUUUAUUCUCAAAUAUGACAUUUGGGCAAAAAUAUUUUCUGUGACAGGAAGUGAGUUUAAAAGUUCUCAUUGGCUGCCCUAAAGUGAAGGUGAGAAAGCUGUAUCCUUAGUCAUAACUCAAAUGUCCAUUUUUGGGGACAAGAAGUGGCCGAAGACAAACACCCCAUCACAGAACUGCAUCUGAAUCCAGGACAUAAGGAGGCAGCCAGGGCGGCAAAACUUGCUUCACUCCAUCCGCAAAUAUAGGACAUUUCCUCCAGAACACAACGUGUCCGCAAAGGGAGUUUCUCUUGAUGGGCUCAUCACCAAUAACAGAGAUGGUUUUCACAGCUAAGCACUUUAGAAACAGAACAGACAAGUGCAUGUUCUAAAUUUAUGAAAAGACGGGCUAUCUAUUCUUUCUACACUUUCAAAUGUGUUGAAGAUUACUUAUGACAAAUAAUCAAAGUCUGCCCAAUUAAAAUUUCUUGCUUAAAUAAAGGCUGUUAGGCAUCCAACUGUGAGUUUAGUAGGUUACUAUUCUCUGACUCAAGGAUGUUUGAAUGGAUCUGAGUUGAGCCAAGAGUACGCCAAAUAAACACAAUCAGUGGAUCAUUCUACUAAAGUACUAUUUAAGUUGGAGGCUAUACUAUGAUUCCAAAUUCUUCCUUAAUGCAAACCCAAAGUGGUAUUUAUCAUAAUGAUCAUGUAAUUAAAUUUUGCUCACAUGUUAUUUACUUAUCUUAAUAUAAUGGCCUAAAUUAGGGGUAUUUAGUGGCUCAGAUAGAUAAAUGGGGAUGCUGUCCCAGCUGGAGUACAUACAGAGGAAAACCUUUCUUAUCCUCUCUUCAGAUUCAAAACCAAGACGCGCACUUAUUUCCUGGUGUUCUCUGCUCGGCAGGUUGGCAUGCUCUAACCAUCUCUACCAUGGCACCCGUGUGCAGGUGCAGGCUCUGUGUAUUGCACGUUCAUCUUUACCAGUCAAUACACGUCAUGAGGUUCCUGUCAGUUUGGCUGAGAGAAUUAGGCAGUAGGAUGCAAAGGAAAGGGAUGACUUGAUUCAAUUUUUUUUCUUUUGAAACAGUACUAACUUUUAAAAUGAUUUCAUAGUCCCUUAUACAUGAGCCAGUGAGGUAUUCUGUGUUCUAAUUAAGAAAAAAAAAAAAAGCAUGAAGUCUACAUAAUAAAUCUAAACAAAAACUUGUAAGUUCCAUGCCUUAUUUUCCAUUUUUGACACCAUAAAGUGCAUUUUCUGUCAACUGUGAGCAAACUUCCCUUUUGCCUUUAAGAAAAAUAGUGCAUUAAGUAGCCAGUUGCUGAAAAAGUAUAAAGCAAGUUAGCUAAAUGUGGGUCACAUUGGAUUAUCACUCAACAAAGCAAGACGUACAAAAGAUGCAGGUUCUGUGUGGUGUGGCUUAGAGUGCACCCAUGGCUGAUGCAUGCCACUUUCAGUAGCUGCCAGAUGUGCCUUUAAUUAAGAACAUCUCUAAUUUUUUUUUUUCAGAUGAAGUCAGCAUUUGGGGGCGGAAUAGGGCAGGGGACUUGGGGGCGCAAAUAUCUGGUGAAACCACCAGAAAAUUUGUUUGUCAAAGUGACAUGUAUAAUUUUAGUUGAGAUGUGUCUGUGUAGAUAUGUGUAUUUGCCUUUGUUUAGUAGCACGGUUAUUUGCUAAAAUAUUUGUCAAAAAUGCUGUCAGUCUUACUUUGAUGUAAGAAUGAAGUGUGCUCUAUACAUCCAUCUAAUGGCCUUUGUACCUAACCAUGUUUGUAGGUAAUCUUUGUACUCUAUGUGCAGCAGUAUUUGGUCUGUGUUAAAAGUGAAAAUAAUGGCUGUUAUUUUUCUGGCAUUACUAAGAUAAAUUGAAAAAUAAUAAAGAAAAAUGCCUUACAUA